AUGACAAGAUGUUACAUCAGGUUGACAUUGGUGAAUAUUAACUCGCAAAUAAGUAUACUGUCAACUAUCAACUCGCAAAUAAGUAUGCUCUGUGCCAGCAGGACAGCAACGGUGAGCACACGAACUGUCACUUUGGCUGCUUGUUUAUAUGCGAAAUGGGGCUCCGGCAAAUCGGAUUUACUUAAAAAAAUGAAGGAAUCAAUGCACAGCUUUUCAAGAAGUUGGCUUGAUGGUGUACAGCUUUCAUGGUCCUGGUCGCUUGUCCUUUCCAUCGGCAUCUUUGUCGCUUUUCUUACAUUCUUUUUUGUUACUGCUAUUUCUGCAUUCCAGAAUUACUAUUACAUUAUAUCUGUGAGCGCUGUUGGAUUCUUCCUCUUCGUUCUGCUCGUGUUCUCUUAUGGGCUGAUAUAUUAUGGAAGCGAGGUGAAAUCGUGGGAUAGUUGCACGGUCGCUGCUCGAAGUAUUGCUAAGGGCUUGGCACGUGCACGUCUACUAUUGAGUAUCACACUGCAGCAUGCCGCAUCAGUGCACGAUAAAGAUAUCUCGUCUUGUCCCGUAAGUUUUCUGUUCGCAGAUUACCAUCGUUUAUCGUCGAUUGGUGGUGAGCAGGCACUUGCAAAAAUUGUAGUUACACUGUUUGAAGCGGCCGAAAAUCAUUUUGGUUCUCUUCCAGUUCGAUUUUUUUGCGCAUUGAGGGUCUCAUUCGUUUAUUGUAGCACAUGGAAGCAAACCACGAAUGCGCCGGGUUUGUGGUAUUCCGGUGACCGCGCUGUUUGCGUUGUUCUCAUUCUCACUCAUCUCAAGCUUAUCUUUUCUGGGUUUAUGGCUUUAUACUGGAAUGAACUUAGAUUCAAGGUGGACCUCUUGGCUGAUAUGGUUCGCUCGUUGGACAUUUUCACGAAAAGUCAGACACGAUUAGUGGUUGUGGUUGAUGGUCUAGAUAACUGCGAGCAGGUUUUGCUUAUUGCUGAUGUUGAUGAGCGUAUGGUGCAGACUUUGGAUGCCAUAGAAUUAUUAUUCACAACACGUGCUGACCGUCCAUUUGUGGUGACGAUUGCUGUCGAUCCUCAUAUAAUUAUUUCUGCUGUAAAUCACAGCAUGCAUUCUGCACUUACCGGAACUGAGCUUACAGGGCAUGAUUAUCUCAAGAACAUUGUCAAUAUGCCUUUCUAUUUGCACAAUUCAGCAAUUCGCCAGCUGCAAACUAAUUUGCAUAACAAACGAGAAAGUUUGGCUGAAUGGAAAGAAAGAUUCAAAAGACAGGAUACUUUCCACGGCAAGUUCAUUAUAAUUUUACUUUUGAAGACA